AUGUCGACGACCCAGCCCCCGACCGGUUCACAGGGCGUGGCCACUAUCGACCACGAAGAAGUUCACGUCAAUCUAGAUAAAAAAACAAACAGUGGAGACGGCCAACAAGUUGUCACCAGUCAGCCAACAGUGGCAUACAACAACAACCAGGAUGGGGGACCUCCCAUUGUAUUUCAGGGGCCCCCUGAUGCCAAAGACAAGCCGAAAGACUUCGUAAUGACGUCAUGUGCUGUGCUACUCUUCUGUAACUUUAUUUUUGGUUUCCUUGGUUACCAUUUCGGAGUGAAAGCGAACCAUGCUUGGCAGCUUGGAGACGAAGCGACGUCACGCCAUCAUGCCAAGAAAGCUCUCAUCUUUGUAAUAUGUGGCGUGGUGUGUGGAGUAUGUACAUAUGUCCUGGCCAUCACCCUCUACCUCACCCUGAACAAAAGUAACUUUGUCUGA